AUGUUCUCUUUAAUUCGGAUGGGAAAAGCUUCUGAAUCUUCUAAUUUCAAUUCUAAUUGGAAAAAUGCGAAGAGAAUUCACAUUGAAAUGAUGGCAGCUUCCUGCAGAGUCUGCACAGAAAAAAAAGGCUUCGACGACGACGACCAUCGCGCUAACACAAAAAAUCCGGAGUCUCAAGCAGCGAUCGAUGACAAUGGUACAACAUUAUUGCUGCUUUUGCUCAGCUUUUAUGGCCUUAUCUCGAUUAAAUCGAAAGAGCCGAAAGUGUUUGAAAAGGCGAUGAAAAUGAAGCAGUAA